ACACAUCAUACCACACACUUUGAGCAAAACUACUCAAAUUAUAUAAACUUCAAUUAAUAUAUAUAUAUACAUUCCUCUUUUAGCAAUAUAUAUGGGAGCCGGAGGAAAUAAGAACGAUGUCAAUGAUGAUGUCUGUAAACGUGUUCCUAUCGAAAAACCGCCAUUCGAAUUUAGUGAUAUUAAGAAAGCAAUACCACCACAUUGUUUCGAGCGAUCUCUCGUACGCUCAUUUUACUACUUAUUCAUCGACUUAAUCAUGGUUUAUACUUGUUACUAUCUUGCGUCUAAUUACAUUAAUUCUAUCUUGCCUAAAUCUCUUGUUUUUAUAGCCUGGCCAAUUUAUUGGUAUUGGCAAGGUGCCCUUUUUAUGGGCUUAUGGAUGUUAGGCCAUGAUUUAAGCCAUCAUAGCUUUAGCGAUUAUGAAUGGCUUGACGACGCGAUUGGGUUCGUUAUCCAUUCGUCGUUACUCACUCCAUACUUUUCUUUAAAAUAUAGUCAUCGUAGGCAUCAUGCACACUCGUCUUCAAUGGAACUUGAUGAGGGUUGGGUACCUAAACGAAAAUCGGAUAAGUUAUAUUCCGAAAUUCUCAACAAUCCUUUAGGUAACUUAUUUUUGACGUUAGCCAAAGAACUUGCGGGAUACCCGUUGUAUCUUCUUAUUAAUAUUCACGGUAGGAAAUACGAUAGUUUUGCAAGUCAUUUUUAUCCGUACAGUCCUAUAUACAACGACCGCCAACGCGGUCAAAUUUGGCUCUCGAUUGGAGGAGUGGUUGCAUUUGUGUACGGACUUUCCAAAAUUGGAGGUGCAAAAUGGGUAUUUUGCAUAUACGGAAUACCUUGGUUGGUUUUCAACGUUCAUGUGAUUAUGAUUACUUAUCUUAACCAUACACAUCCUUCUCUUCCUCACUACGAUUCGAAAUCGUGGGACUGGAUGAGAAGUGUGCUAGCAACAGUGGAUCGAGAUUACGGGUUUAUUUUUAACCACAUGUUCAAACAUAUAACUGAUGCUCAUGUGGUACAUCAUUUUUUCACAACAAUGCCACAUUAUCACCAGGUAGAGGCCACCAAAGCGAUUAAGCCGAUAUUGGGUGAAUACUAUAAAUACGAUGAUACCCCAAUGCUGAAGGCUUUCUGGAGGGAUUCGAAGAAAUGCAUCUAUGCCGAACCAGAUGAAGGUGCAGACGAUAGCGGUAUUUACUGGUUUCGUCAUUAACUAGUAGAUACUGGUGUAUUUUUUUGCGACCAAACCAUUUCGUCGCAAUAAAAUAUCACUAAACGACAGAAAAAUAUAUAUGUUACCUCCAUUGAUAGAUCUAUAUGUCUUUGGUUUGCUGCUUGUUUGUAUGAAAGGCCGAGUCAUUAGUAACUCGUACUAUUUGCGUGGGAUCAUAUUUACGAUACGGAGUAUAUAAAUAUGUAUGUAUGUACCAUAUCUAUGUGUGUAAUAAUAAAGGUCAAUCAAAUAAAUAUUUGUAACACCCAUUUGCAAAAA